AAGAAUUAAGGGAAGAAACAAAAUGAUAUCUGCAUCAUGUGGCUGUCCACUUGACGACAACUCAAACUAUCUCUUGUCCGAUUUAACUUCUUCCCUUUUUUCUUUCUCAAUUCUCAUCCAUUACCACUCCCCUUUUACUAAAUCUUCUACAAACCCAAAUUCUCAAAUGACCACCGCCACCACCGUGAACGACCUCCCCGAUGUAAUUCUAUCCACCAUUAUCUCAUCAAUCUCCGACACCCGAACCCGAAAUUCAGUCUCUUUAGUUAACCGUAAACUCCUAACCCUUGAACGGACCACCCGCACUAACCUCACUCUUCGCGGCAACGCCCGUGAUCUUUACCUGAUACCCACUUGUUUCCGAUCAGUAACCCACCUCGACCUCUCCUUACUCUCGCCGUGGGGCCAUUCUUUACUCGCUUCCUCGCCGUCGUCGUCUCUACCCUCCGAUCCUAUACUACUGGCUCACCGUCUCGGUAUUUCUUUUCCUUUGGUUACUUCACUUACUGUUUACGCUCGAUCGCCGUCUACCCUUCAGAUUCUUAUCCCGCAGUGGCCGAAUUUGAGCCAUGUGAAGCUAAUUCGGUGGCACCAGCGGCCUUCUUCGGCUCAGUUAGGGGCUGAUUUUGUUGAUUUGUUUGAGCAAUGUAAGAUGUUGAAGUGUCUUGAUUUGUCUUGCUUUUAUUACUGGACUGAGGAUAUUCCUCCGGUUCUUGAAGGUGCCACUGAUGUUUCUAUGUCUUUGACUUGUUUGGAUCUUCUUACUGUUAGUUUAACUGAUGGGUUUAAAGCUGAUGAAAUUAGAGUUAUUGCUAGUGUUUGUUCUAAUCUUACUAAAUUUCUUGUUGCGUGUACGUUUGAUCCGAGCUAUUUCGGGUUUGUCGGGGAUGAGACUUUGGUUAGUGUUGCUUCUAAUUGUCCGAAAUUGUCGGUGGUUCAUUUGGUUGAUACUUCGGCUUUAGGGAAUGUUAGGAGUGAUCCCGAGGAUGAAGGGUAUAGCGGGGAUGAUUCACGGGUUAGUGUUAAUGGGUUGGUUGAUUUUUUUAGUAGGUUACCGUUGCUUGAAGAGUUGGUUCUUUGUAUUUGUAAGAAUGUUAGGGAUAGUUUUGUGGCGUUGGGAGCGCUUAAGUCGCGGUGUCCUAAGUUGAAAGUGUUGAAGUUGGAGCAGUUUCAUGGUGUUUGUAUGGCAAUUGGGUCGCAGCUCGAUGGGGUUGCGUUGUGUUCUGGGUUGAAGUCGCUGUCCAUUAAAAAGUGUGCGGAUUUGAGCGAUAUGGGUUUGAUAGAGAUUGCACGAGGAUGCUGUGGAUUGUCUAAGUUUGAAAUUGAGGGAUGUAAGAAGAUUACGAUGAAGGGUUUGAGGACAAUGGCGAGUUUGCUUCAUAAGACUUUGAUUGAGGUUAAAAUCUCCGCUUGUAAGAAUCUCGAUGCUGUAUCAUCUUUGCGAUCUUUGGAGCCUAUUUGCCAUCGGAUUGAGAAACUUCAUAUUGACUGUAUAUGGAGUGCCCCUCAAGAUGAUGAGGAUAACUAUGUAAGUAAUCACGGUUUCGACCUUAAUGAAAACCUCUACGCAAGCGAUGAACAUGAUUAUUCAGGCAGAAAUAAGAGAUUCAAGUAUUCGGAAGAUGGUUAUUAUAUGCAGCAUAGCAAUGGAGAUGGAUUUUGGAACAAUUCUUGGGAUAAAUUAAAAUGCCUUUCUCUAUGGAUUAGUGUCGGGGAGCUUGUAACUCCAUUACCAAUGGCUGGUCUUGAGGAUUGUCCUAGUUUGGAGGAGAUUCGUAUACGAGUGGAAGGGGAUUGCAGGGGACGUCACAAAUUGUCGCAGCGAGCAUUUGGAUUGAGCUGCCUUGCUGGCUAUCCUAAACUGUCAAAGAUGCAGUUGGAUUGCAGUGAUACAAUAGGUUUUGCAUUAACUGCUCCGUCGGGACAAAUGGAUUUGAGCUUGUGGGAGAGGUUUUUCUUGAAUGGAAUCGGAAGUCUGAAUCUGAUAGAGCUCGACUAUUGGCCACCGCAAGAUAGGGAUGUUAACCAAAGGAGUCUGUCAUUACCAGGAGCUGGUUUGCUUGCACAGUGUCUUGCUCUGAGGAAGCUCUUUAUUCACGGAACAGCACAUGAGCAUUUCAUGAUGUUCCUUCUCCGAAUACCGAACUUGAGAGAUGUGCAGCUUAGGGAAGACUACUACCCAGCACCGGAAAACGAUAUGAGCACCGAAAUGAGGGUCGACUCGUGCAGCAGAUUCGAAGAUGCCUUAAACAGCCGCCAGAUUGUUGAUUAAAUAAUAUGCUGAUUUUCCUAUGAAGAUUUGGCAAUGGGAGCACGUAGGUCCUUCUAAAAAUGUCCGGCUAAUACAUGAUUACUUUUUGUGCAUUACUCUUUACCGUGUUAUGGAAUUUCAUACUCAAUUUAUUAUAUAUAGAGCAACACACGCACUGUUCUAUAAAUAAUCAAUUUAAAUGUGAAUAAAUAGAGAAAUUAAUGGAGUCGAGAUUUAAUUUUUACUA